UUUAGUUUACUGUUGUUGUUUUUAAACAAAGAAAACAAAACAAAAACCUUUUAUAUUUUUAGGGAAGGUGAAAAUGAGGUAUGGUAUUACAGUACAAAAGGUCAAAUAGAGGAGUUAUUGGAAGUGUUAGAUCAAACUGUAUGGGAGAGGGAACUCAGUUUUAUAGUGAGUGACCUUAGAGAUGAUAUAAGCCGACAAAUGAAAAUCACUGAAGAACUCACAAAAGAAAAAUGCACUAAUAAAAAAUCAGCGUUAGAAGUUGAAAUUGCCAAUCUAGAAAAAGUUCAGAGUGAUAGAUUAAAACAGCGGCAAGAAGAAAUUGCACAAAAGCUGAAAGAAGAAGAAGAAAGGAAAACUAGAGAACUGGAAGAGAAAAAGAAAGAGGAAGAACAAAUAAAAAUAAAUGGUGACCAUGGUGAACAAAUAGAUACAACUGAAUCAGUAAAUGUUUCCUCACAGAACAUAACAACUGUGACUGACAGUUAUGGUAUUACAACAGAAAUCAUCACAACAAGUGAUAUAGGUAAAGUUGAAGUAACAGAAACUGUUGAAACAACCACAACUACAACAACAAUAACCUCAAAAUCUAUCAGUGUAUCUCCCUCAGGGGAUCAUGUUGUCAAAACUAUAGAACCUAGGAUUGUUAGUGCAGAAAUUAAAACAGGGGAGCAGUCAAAUUCUCGAGAGCCAACCCCAAAUAAGGAUAUCUCUCCUAACAGUGAUACUUCACAACAAAAUGGCAAUAUUAAUUCAUCACAGGCAGCAAAGGGGGAUAAUAAAGUUAUUGUGAUUGGCUCAGAUGGUAAACAAAUGCCAGGUAUUAUGAACAUUCAGUCAGUGUGUCCAAAUACAUCAAAACCAGGUACAACCUUUGUACUGCUGAAUAAGGAGGGAUCUCAGAUGAAGAUCAGUUUAGCUCCAAGGAAAUCUGAGAAUGCAGAGAAAUCUGAAGAAGAGGAGCAGGAAAAUGGGCAACAAAAUGUUGGGAGAACAAUGAUCACAAGGUCCAAGACUGGAUCCCUAACUCCUAAGUUGUUCUCAGAUUCUGUGAUGGGAACUACUAUUAAGACUACUACUUCAAAUGUGAAAUCCAUGAAUACAUCAUCCACUGACGAAGUUCUCAUUAUAAACAAGGAUGGAGAGAUAACAAGGAUAGCUCGUAGUAAACUUGCUUCAACAUCAUCCAUAUUCUCCCAACAACUUUACUUUAAACUAGGUAUGGAUGGUAAUUACAAGCAAUAUGUUAACCAGUACACCACUCAGACUCUUGCCUUAAAUAAACAUCAACAUAAUGAAGAGCGGGACAAGCGGCGUUACUUAUCUCAUAAGUUCAGCCUUACCAACCUUAGUGAGUUCAAAUGGAAUGGAACAACAAAUGGUAACAAGAUCAUGACUGUUUCUACUCUAAGAUUGAGCCUGGCGCAACUAGAGAGCAGUUUAGCAUCUCCAUUUCUUCAUCCGAAUUGGCAGCUUCAUCGUCAGUCAUGGUUAAAAGCGUUGCACCAUUGUACCAAGCCUGAGGACUUCUCUCUAGCCUUGACAAUACUGGUGCAUGUAAUUAAACCUGUACUGUUUUUACCUGUUUGGCAUGAAGCACUUGUCAUGUUUCGAUUUAAACGCAUCACAUCAUUAGAUCGAGAAGAAAUGAAGAAAAAGGAAAGAGAACAGAAGAAAUUAACUGAGGAAGAAUUGGCCAGACCGGUUAUAUGGAUCAAAUACACUCUUGGGCUUAAGCACCAGGUUUGGAAGCAGAGAGGAGAGGAGUACCGUGUAACAGGUGGUCAUGGAUGGGGAUGGAUCUCCUGUACACGCAGGUCCAAUCCCACUCCACAGUGGACAGUUGGACUUAGAGCUGCAGCUAGAAAACUUCAAAACAGAAAAAUUAAGCUUUUUGGAGAUGAAAACUCCAACUCUGAAGGUGAAACUCUGCAGUCCACUGAUGAAACAUCUAAAGAAGAAAGUCCUAAGGAAGAAGAGAAGGGUACUGAUGAAGAAGAAAAAAUGGAAACUGAAGAGGUAGAUAAAAAAGCAGACAAAGCCAUGUUCAAAUCUGAUGUCAAUAUAAAAGAAGUAGUUGAUAAUGUUAGCAUUGAAACUGAAGAAGUGGUUGUUGCAAUAGUUAAUGAUGAAACUGACAUUAAGCAAGAAUCUGUUCCCGAUUCUGAAGUAAAAACUGAAGUGAAGGAAGAACCUAUGGAUGUUGAUGAGAUAGCUGAUGUGGUUAAGGUUGAAGAUAAUUCAUUGAAAAUUGAAAAGGAAGAAAGUAAGGAUAUUGACAUUGAAAAUGUAUCUCCUAAAAAAGAUACAAAACCAUUAAGAGUAGCUCAGGGAAAGUUUUCGAAAGCUAACUUGAAAGCAUAUUCAUUGUUGACUAAGAAGUGUGAUGUUGAUCUCAUAGAUGUGAGUAAGGCAGUAAGAGAACACACGUAUUAUCCAAAAGUGACAAAGCCUUAUUCUAGAUUAGAUAACUUGCUAGAACGUAGGUUAAAAUUAAGUGAAAUAGAAAAUAAGCAACGUGAAAGUAUUCAGCAGCAGUUACAAUGGAAAUUAAAACUAGAAGCAGCAAAACAAGAAAAACAGGAAGUGUCUGCAUCACCUGAAAAGAAAAUUAUUGCCUUAUCACGACCAGAAGUAGUAAAGAAACCAGAGCCAGUAAAACCACAACGUAUUGUUUAUGGCUGCUAUUCUCCCUUGUGUUCAGCAGGAGAUGUGCUAGGUGGCCAAUGUUACUCAGUAAGAUGUCGUUAUGAAAUUGAACAAGAAGAGGAUGAUGAUGAUUUAGAUGAGGUAGAUGAUAAUGGAGAGGUACAGAUGGAGGUUGAUGAAGAUGAUGAUGAGAAAGUUGAUGAUGAUAAAGAUUCUGAAAAUAAGGCAGAUGAUCUGAACAAAAGUGUUACAGAGGAUGAAGAGGUGGAUGUAAUUGGUGAUAAAGAUGAUACAAACAAAACUGCUGCUGAAAACAUUAAUAGUAACAAUGCAAACAAACCUUCAAAUGCAUCUAAAGUUGUUCAUGUGCCUUAUGAAAAAGGGGAAGGGAUAAAACCCACCUCAACUAGUGGUGUAACUGUGAAAACUGGAUUACUAUCUCCUAGUGCUAGGAAAACUACCACAAUAUCUAUACCAGGUAAUUUGGCUCAAUUGAUAGCUCAGAAAACUGGAAGAAAUCUGACUUAUUCUGAAGCUCAGGCAUUUAUUCGCCAGGCUCUUGAAAAAAUGACCGUUGAAGAUAUUAAGGCCAAAAUUCCCCCUGUCAGAAAAAUCACAGAUAAAAUUCAUUUGCCGAAAAUCACCAAAGGUGGUAUGAAGAAAAAAUCAGCAAAGAAAACUUCUCUACCUCCUGCCCAUAAAUUUGUCACACCAUCUGGUAAGAAAAGUCUUUUUGUGCUAGAAAGGUGGGAGGGCAGGAAAUUAGCAAGAAAAGGUGGGAAAAUUGAAGUGACUGGAUUUAAGUAUGAGUGUAAAAUGUCCAAUGUGAAUUGGCCUUAUCCUUGUCCAAGGCCGCUGUUCAAGUCUGCCUUCAACUAUCGUUUACAAACUAUUAAAUCUUUAGCAGCAGCAGCUUUACAUCUAAGGAUAUUUUGGACAUGUAUCAGAUGGGAUGAUAUGGCUCAGAAACCUCCAGCUGGUGGCACGAACACAAUAUCAACAGAAACUGAAAUUACCACAACAGAACUACUGAAGAGGAAAGAUAUUGGUCCAUACGGCCUUAGAUCAGAAUUCUUGGUCCGCAAAAUUAUAGUUCCUCUUGGUGUCCCGCAACAGCCAAAAGGUAAUGUGUUUCAUUCUGUGUUCAAAUUGUUGUUAAACAGGGUGGAGAAGCAGAGGGCAGCAUUAAAGGAAAAGUUAAGUAGUCAACAGGCGCAGCAGAAUGCCAGUCAAAUAAAACAACAGAUGGAGGAACAAUUAAAACAACAGAGAGCUGCCAUGCAACAAAAAAGAUUGUUGGAAGCACAGGGUAAAACAACAGUAACAACAGCUACUGGUAGUCUCCUGACUUCAGCAUCAACGGGUACAGCUACAGUACUAAAAGGUUUAUCUUCACUAACAGCAGGAUCUACUGUACUGAAGACUGCCAGUGGUAUGACAACUAUACUGUCACCUGGUAACCUCAUUAAAAAAAUACAGCAAGUUCAACCCAAAACCACACAAGGAGGAGUUAUAAGUAUACCUGCAAAUGCAGCUACUGGUGUGAGACCAAUGGUAAAAGUUCAGAUUCCUGGUAAUACUGGGGCUAUUACACUACGCCCAGCAACAGCAGCUGUUGCCUUGGCUCCUAAACCAAGUCCAACUGCAGGCACUAACCCUACUUCUACAUCUCAGACCCUGACAGCUAUAAAAGUAGGCAGUGUAGCCAGUCCAGCACCAUCUCAGCAAGUUAUUAUGAAAGCUGCUACUAGUACAGCCCAGGUGAAACCUGCUACAGCCACACAAGGUGCUACAAGUGGAGGAAUUCAGAAUGUACAGAUUAUUCAGGGUCCUAAUGGUCAGCUUCAAGUUAGAGGGCUUAUGCCAGGUCAGCAGGUGAUCCGGUUACCAGAUGGCCGUCUACAGCUGAUAACAAUACCUCAACAAAAGGUUCAGCAACAGGCUUCAGCUGCAGCUCAAACCCCAGCAUCGACUAUCCAAAUAGCAAAACCAGAAGGUGCUAUGCAAGUUCCUGUGGCGCAAACUCCAGUUAGACCUCAAACAGUCCUGGUAAAUAGCUCUGGUACACAUCCAGUUAGUGGACAUCCAGUAGUGUCAGGUGUUACACCCAACAAGAUAAUGGUUGCAUCCCAAGGUGGUGUACAGAGCGCAGUCAUAGUCAGUUCUCCACAAUCAUCAGGUGGCACUGUUUCUGUACUCACUUCAGGUGGGCAAGGAAUUGCAAGGAUAAUAUCUCCAGGUAAGAUUGCUACUCCUGUUAUACAGAAAGUUGCUGGCGGCACAUCUGUGGUACAUGUGAACACACCACAAGGUACCCGCAUUAUACGUCAAGUCACUCCCCAAGUUGUUGUUUCUGGACAACAACCAAACUUGCAACAAAAACAGCAACAAUUACAGCAGCAACAGCAGGUUCUAGCAGCACAACAGGCACAAUUACAGCAAGUUCUCCAACAGCAACAGCAUCUCAAACUUCAGUCUGGCCAAGUUGUGCAGGUGUCUGGUGCAGUCUCAGGAGCCACUGCUGUUAUAUCAAGUCAGUCUGGCCAGCAAACAAUCACAGUAACCCCUCAACAGUUUGCAGCUCUACAGCAACAACAACAAUUAAAGCUGGUAAAACCAGGGGAGACACAUUCUCAGCAAAUUACUAUUGGUGCUGGAGACCUGGCAUCAACUACACAGACUGGAACCACAUUACAAGACCAACUAGUUAAACAUUUACAGCAGCAGGCAGAAGUUAAAACACAAACACAAGGAGCAGAUAAAUCAGUCACACCAGGAUCUCCACCACCUGCUGUCCCUCAAUCACCAGUCAAGUCACCCAUAGCUUUAUCAGCACAGCAGAAGUAUGCAGUUACACCACAAGUGGUACAGGAAGUUGUACGUCAAGCACUAAUGCAGAAUCAGACGCCGGAGAUCCAAGCUAAACUCCUUGCCAUGCAGAAACACAUGGUGCAACAAAAACAAGAUGAUGUGAAAAGUCUCAUUCCAGCAGCUACCCUUGUGUCACAGGUUGGUAGACAGGAAGUAGUGAGAACUGUAGAGAGUCAGGAAUCUAAGCUGGCCAAACAAAAACCACCUGCUAUACUGACUCCUGAACAGAAAGAGACCCAUACAAGGGUAUCAAUAUGUAACCAGGUAUUGAAGGGAAUUCUUGAUAAGAUAGAAAGAGAGGAAAGAAAGGAGCAGAAACUCCAGAAGAAGGCAGAAUCUGCUGAGGAGAAGCAAAAACGUCUUGCAGCUACCAAGAUACAACAAACACUGUACAAACACAAAGAAGCCUUAAAGAAAGAAAUUCAGAGAAAAAGAACUCUAAAUGAAAGGAAUAUGCAGCUAGAUAUACAGGCUGAGAUUCAAGAGGCAGUGAAGUCACAUGCUACCAGUAGAAAGAAAGCGGUACCAGUGAGUGCCCAGGUCGCUGAAGCAGCCAGAGCUAAGAAAAAGAAACAGAAAAUUAUUUCUACAGGUGUGAAAGAAAAAAGUCUAAAUCCCAAACGUAAACUGUAUUGUAUCUGUAAAACUCCUUAUGAUGAAUCAAGAUUUUAUAUUGGUUGUGAUCUGUGUUCCAACUGGUUCCAUGGGGAAUGUGUGAAUAUUAGUGAAAGCGAGUCAAAAUAUAUAGACGCCUUUGUUUGUGAUGACUGUAAAAAACAACAAGAGACAGCCAUAGAGGAACUGUAUUGUCUCUGUAAAACACCAUAUGAUGAAUCUAGGUUUGUUGAUGUACUGCCAGGCUCAUCAAAAGCUGUGGACAAAAAGAUUGAAAGUAUGCAAGAUCGCAUUGCCAAACAAAGAGCAAUCACAACUGCCUUUCUUAUUACCAAUGGAAUUCCUGCUACAGGAUUGGGGUGGGGUGAGGAGGUGGAAGCUGAAGAGGGUUGGAAGUGGGGGCGCGAGAGGAGUGUGUGGGAGGUGGGGUGGAUAGCAUCAGGUGGGUGGGCGGUGAAGGGUGUGGUGUGCGAUGGGGAGCGAGGAGGGAGAGGGGAGCGAGGUUGUGAGCGUGUAGCGUGGGGUGGAGGAUGGUGUGGGUGCGAGGUGGGUGUGAGGGAGAGAGCUGCGAUUGAUGAAGUUCUUGUACUACAUUUGAAAACUGUUUUAUACUUGCAGUCUCACAAGAUGGGCUGGCCAUUCCUCGAACCUGUAGAUCCUACUGAAGUGCCUGAUUACUACAAUAUCAUCAAAGAUCCUAUGGACCUGUCGCAAGUAGAAGCAAACAUGGAUGCACACCAGUAUAGAAGACUGACAGACUUUAUCAAGGAUGUAACAAAAGUCUUCAACAAUUGCCGUUUAUAUAAUCCUCCAGAUACACCAUUCUUCCAGUGUGCCGAGGUUUUAGAAACAUUCUUUGUUCAAAGACUUAAAGCCCUGAAGGAUAAAUUCUUACAUUCUACAUAGGAAUAGCUAAUAUUGUGCAAGUUGAUAUGAUGAACUGUUUUUGUUCAAAGAACUGAAUACAUAAAUUGCUACAAUUAAGAAUAAAUGUCUGAACUUUUAUAUAAAUCUGUAGAUGAAAACCUGCUGACUAAAGUGUAUUUAACACAUCGUUUUUCUUUAUUUCCCAAAUGCAAUGUAUUAAAGCGAUUAUCAAAAUUGUGUACUUACAUAUUUUUAAGAGUAUUUUUUUAAACCAAUCUAUGUUUCAAAGGAGAAAUUUUCUUUUUGUUCAUAAGUUUUUUGUAAGGUUUAAGUCAUAGGUCAUGGAAACCAUCAAGUUUUACUGUUUAAGGAAGACCUGAAGUGCACGGGGGCACAUGAGUAGCAAUACCAACCUUCUAUAAGCUAGCUGGAUAACAUUGUCGCAAAAGACCCUAAUAGGAUUCAGGUUGUAUGCUUAUCAAGUGCUGACACCUCCAGGCUAUUAAAAUCAUUGACUUUCAAUUACAUGCCUGUCACAAACUGCAGACUCAAAUCUUGCUAUGGACAUGAGGAAGCUAUGCUGUUAGUUUACUGAAGUUUGUUGAUUUUACUUGUACCUGAGAUAGUGCACGGAAGUGCACCAGUCCUCCACUGGGAAAUGUGACCUUGAAUGAGUUAGGAUGAUGUUAAACCUGAUGGAAAGAGACAAAUGAUCAUUAAAAAAUGGUAAUUGUUAAUAAAAACAAUUUGAUAAAUAUUAAUCAUACAUGACAUUAUUGUGUCAAUCAUUGACUUUAUAAAAUUAAGUAAGUUAUGUCAGAUUUAAUGCAUUUUGUCUGUUUCAUAGAAUUUUAUUAGUUGUAUAGUGUUAAAAAGAGAAUGGGCAUAUAUGGCAAUAAUGUAUUUGUUACUUAUUCAAUAUUGGUGAUUGUUGUUUUACCUAAAAUUUUGAUGUUCAUCAUCAUUUGUCAUUUUGUACAUAUACAUUAUUUAUUUUCCUAAUGAGCAGAUCAAAUGUUUACUGGUACUGUUUUAAGAAUGAUAUAUUUGUUUAAAAAAAGAUUUGUCAAAGCUUUAUGCAAAUGAAAUCUUACACAAAGCAAGUUUUUUUACAGAUUUUCUAGGGGCUUUGUGUUGAUAUAGUGGGAACAGGCCAGCUUUUGUUGAUAUCCAUGUAUUGCACAGUAUGAUAGUGUUUUUUUAUAUUUAUUUUGUCACUAAGAGGCAUAUUGGGUAAUUGUUACAGGUUUAGGAAUACUCUAUGGUAUAAUACAUUGUUUAUGCAUUGCAUUUACAUUGAAAUGAGAUGAGAUUCUUUUUGCAAGAUAUUUCUAUUUUAAAUAUGUAUAGAUUGUAUGAACAACUGUAGUAAGAAUUAAUAUUCUAUGAUGUUUAAACGGGAAUUACUUUUUAAUGAAUAUAUUUUGUGAGGCAUUUUUUAUCAAAAUUGAAAUAUCACAAAACAUGCAUAGGUAUUUGUACAACUACAGAAAUAAGCAAUAUUUGGUUAAAAGUUUGGAUGUUAUCUACCCAUAUAAAAGUAUCUUAAACAAUAGAAAUAUCAUCAUGUAUAAAAGCUUGAUAACAGGCUCACAUUGGAAUAUUUUUCCAACCAUGACUUGGAAACUGCGGAGGAGUACAUGAGAUUUAUGAUAACUUACAUUAAAUAUUAUGAACCAUUUUAAGAUAAUAAUUCAUUAAAGCAAAAUUCUGAUCACAUUUUAAUAUGUCAUAAUCAUGUACUAGAAGCAUGCAUACAUUUACUAAGAUAUGUGUACAUAAAUCACUGUAGAUUGUUUUCAUUCUAUCUUAGAUAUAUCUUAUGUAUAAUAAACCAGUAGAGUUAA